CAAAGCACACAUAAAAAUGAACUGUAUCAUUUACGCGCGUCCCCAGCACUGGAUUAGCUAAUGUUGAGUUGUUUAUUGUAUUUUGCCAGGAUUUAAACCACAUGAUGCACACGUUCUUACCAUUAACAUCUGCAGAUUUGUUGGGCAAAUAAAACACAUCCUGUGAGCGUGGGGCUCAAGGCCUUUUUCCAGCACCUCAUACAUCAUCCUCCGCAGUGGUCUCGCGCUGGCUCAGCAGCAGCAGCAGCGCUGCACAACAGUAGCUUUAGCAGACUCAUACGUCCAACAACGCGUGUUUCAUUUAUCUGACACAGGAUGUAAGUCGAGGAUAUCUAAAUGCUAUAGAAACAUGGAGACCAAGUGUUGGGAAUUGGUCUCCAAACUGUGAGCAAGUUCACCUUCCUACUGCUCCAGUAGGUCUUUGUCUCAUUUAGCCCAUUGUGGGUGCAAGAGAGGAUGAGUUUUCACAUUCCAGCUCUCCUCCUGCCUGUCUGGGUUCUUCUGAUACCUGCAGUCUGGGCAGGGGACUGUAAGGGCCACAGACAGGUACUGAGAGGGAUCCCAGGAUAUGUCACAGAUGGAAUGGGAAACUACUCUGUGAAUGGCAACUGCGAGUGGCUCAUCAAGGCUCCCAGCAGAAACCAUCGCAUUGUGCUGAACUUUACUUUUAUGGAGACAGAGUGUACCUAUGACUACCUGUUUGUGUAUGAUGGAGACUCCUACCAGAGCCCCUUACUGGCAAGUUUAAGUGGCACCACCCUACCACAACCAAUAGAGGCCAAGUCUGGUAAGAUGUUGUUACACCUCUUCAGCGAUGCUAACUACAACCUGCUGGGCUUCAAUGCCACAUACACAUUUUCAUUUUGUCCUGGGGACUGCGGUGGUCACGGGCGGUGUGACGUUGCUACUACCCGCUGUCAGUGCCAUCAGGGGUGGGGAGGUGUGGACUGCAGCUCCCCUCUGUGCUCCCAGGUCUGCACCCAAAAUGGCCAUGGGCACUGUGAUAAGAGGGGAGAGCGUUGUAUUUGCAACCCAGGAUUUGUGGGACAGAACUGUCAAUUGAGUCUCCGUGACAAUAGUGGGGCGGGACAGUGGUGGGAGGUGAGCCAAGGUGACAUCCACUCACCCCCUCGCACGGCCUCUGCUGGAGUGUACCUUUCUUCCACUGGAGCAUUGUACAUGUUUGGAGGGUUUGAUCUGAAUAGAGCACUGGGGGACCUUGUUACAUUCAAUUUUUCGACCAAUCAUUGGGAACAGACAUCAUAUUCCUAUAGUCCAGCUGCUCGUCAUUCUCAUUCAGCAGUUGAAUGGCAAGGCAACAUGGUCAUUUAUGGUGGUGAACUUGCCAACCACUCAUUAGCUAGUGAUGUCUGGCUAUAUCGUGCACAGCAAGAUGAGUGGCAGCAGCUAGGCCAAUCAAAUGCUCCAGGUGCUCCCAGACUGGCAAAUCACGCAGCAGCGAUAGUUGACAAGUACCUGUAUGUUUUUGGUGGUCGAACAGAAGAGGACAUGUUUUCAUCAUCUUUGUACCGGUUUCGGUUGUGGGAUGAAGUUUGGGAGGUAGUUCAACCUACAGGUGGAAAACCACCUGCCACUGCCGGACACAGCAUGGUCUAUCAUGCCCCUUCCAAAACACUGCUGGUGUAUGGGGGACACAGACCUACUACUGCCAGGUUCAGUGUGCGUGUGAAUUCGACAGAUGCAUUCCAUGUGGAGAAACGAUUUUGGACUUCCUUCCGCUCCCGUUUUCCUGCCAGUGGCCCGAGGGAGAGAGCAUUCCACUCUGCCACAAUCAUCGGCAACUACAUGGUGGUGUAUGGAGGAAAUGUACAUAUUCAUUACAUUGAAGAGAAGUGCUACGAUGAGGAGAUCUUUUUUUAUCAUCUGGGUUGCCAUCAAUGGGUGUCUGUUGGAGAGAACCGAAGUCAACGAGGUGCAUCAGUAAGGGGCCGAUAUUCCCACGUUGCCGCUGUUAUGGAUGGCCGUGUGCUGCUUGUUGCUGGUGGUUACAGUGGAGUUGCCCGUAGUGACCUUGUCGCUUAUAAAGUUCCACUGUUUGUAAGCAGUGACCCAGGAGACAGGGACACCGUAUGUGCUGAGGCUCCAGAUGAAAGCUUGUGCCUUAAGAACCCAGAAUGCAGUUGGUGUGAGGGGCGUUGCCGCGAAUACCAGCCUACCAAUCCGUGUGGUAGCACCGGAUGUCUGGGCCUGGCUCGUUUCCUGUCGGACUGUCAGUCAUGUCUGGUGUUCAGCGGGGUGCCGAACUCUCUGCCACGAGUUUCUGGGGAAUUCGGCUGGUGUGUGCAGAAUGAGUCAUGCUUGCCUGUUUCAGAGCGCAGUGCAUGCCGCGUGGACCAGAUCUCUGGGGCGUACGGCUGGUGGGGGGAGCGCACGCGUUUCCUCACCUCCCUCCCCUCCUGUCGCACCGAGAACUAUGUCCCGGGACUGCACCUGCUCACCUUUCAGCAUCCACGCAACCAAUCACAGCCUGACAAGGUGUCCAUCUUGCGUAGUACCUCCAUCAUCCUCAAUCCCUCUACAGAGAUGGAUGUGACCCUACAGUUUCGUGGAUUUGUUCAUCCCUUAUGGGGUGCCCCACCUCCUGCAUCACCACCUCAGGAAACUGUUGCCAUGUGGGCCAGAAUUCAGAAGCUCCACUUUACUGCUCAGAUGGCUGCUGGACCCAACUCUCUGCAACUGACUGAUGUGCUGGGUCGGUGGUCAGCUCAGGAAGAGAAAGACAUUCGUAUGCUGUCUCGGCCAGAUGGUUCUCGUCUGUUCCAGAAUCUUACGCGUGGAAACUGGUACCUAAUUCAGGCAGAGGGCUACUUGAAUAACUCUGCGUCAGGACAGACUAGUGAGAUGGCACUAACCUGGAACCGAACAGCGUUACCUGGGGGCAGCGAAAUCUCCUUCUUGUUCCUCGAACCGUUUCGCUCCAACUCGUGUUCAGAAUACCGCUCAUGUUCAGCGUGUCUGUCCGAUCAGUCAUGCGGCUGGUGUCCCACCAUGAAUCUGUGUUUUCUGCGCUCUGACGUCAACCAGCAGCCCUGCAUAGACCCUCAGGGAGAAGAGCGCCACCUGCUGCUCAACCCUCAGCACUGUACCCUAUGUGAGGAGUACAGAGACUGCGCCGCCUGCACUCAGGACCCCUACUGUGAGUGGCAGAUCAACUCCAGCAAGAAGGGAGAUUAUCUGUGCAGUCGCCGUGGGAGACUGGACGGCUCCAUCCGAGAACCAGGAGGGUGUCCGAAAGUUUGCAACCAGAGGAUGACAUGUGGAGAAUGUUUGUCUAACUCCAGUCAGUGCGCAUGGUGUGAAUCCGCUCAGACCUGUUUCUAUUUUGCCGCAUAUCUUACAAAGUUCCCAUAUGGCGAGUGCAGGGAUUGGUAUGACAGUGUUCACUCUGUUCCUCAGUGUAAGCAGUGCUCUUCUCUAGGCACCUGUUCAGAGUGUCUGCAGACCUUUCAGUGUGGCUGGUGUGGGGACUACAACAACCCCACCAUCGGCAGGUGUUUAAGGGGUGACUGGGGUGGAAUGGAUGACCCCUCUGCAAUUAACUGCAGUAUGGCUGUAGCUGAGGUGAAAGCCAGCAGCCCUGAGCCUCAAACUUUGUCGCCCCCACGGCUGAUGGAGCUUGAGAUGGAAAUGGAGUUUGAACUAGAGCUGCAGGAAGGAAUGGAGGGGGAUGGAGAUGCUGUUUGGUCCUAUCCAUCGUGUCCUGAUGUAGAGGAGUGUCGUCUGGGUUUACAUACAUGCCACCCCUCCGCAACCUGUGUCAACACCCCGACCUCCUACGAAUGUCACUGUGAGAGGGGCUUCACAGGAGAUGGAGUGAACCACUGCAACCAGACGUGCUAUAAUGAGUGUCGUCACGGCCGGUGUAGUGGAAGUCCGCGGUUCGAGUGUGAGUGCUCAUUGGGUUGGACCUCAGACCCAGCCACUCUAGUGCUGAGCGGAGUGGAGUGUGACGUUGACUGUGAAUGUAACUUUCACAGCACGUGUAUUACAGCUCCAGGGAUCUGUGACCAGUGCCAGGACUGGACUACAGGGCCACACUGUGAGCACUGCAGGCCGGGUAGUUUUGCCUCUAGUUUGCCAGGAGGUGAGGGCUGCGUUCCUUGUCAAUGUAAUGGCCAUGGUGACCCUCUCCAAGGUUACUGCCAUAACCAAACAGGCCAGUGCUACUGCACCCAUCACACUCAAGGUACACAGUGUGAGUCCUGCUUGCCUGGCUACUACGGAGACCCCAGGAAUAAUGGCACAUGUUUCAGACAGUGUCAGGGUCGAUCCGUUUUUCUCUCAUCCUCUUCCUCUGCACCGUUGUCUCUUUCCUCCUCUCUGGGGUGGCAUGGAGCAAUCGGUGGUCAUGGUGGGGUUUCUCAUUGCCUGUGGGUCCUCUCUGUGUCUCAGGAUUUGGCACCAUGCAUGCCAGGGCAGUCCUGCCCACCUGUAGCCCUGACCUGGCACCCAGAUUCACACACACACUGUACUAACUCUUAUGUUUAUAUAUUUGAUGGCCUGCCAAGGUUCCUCAGCAACGGUGUUGUGCACUCUGACCACAACCUUAUUGGAGCAUUCUGCGGCACAACAAGAAUGCAGCCAAUUACUGUUGAAGCUACAUCAGGGGUGAUAUCUGUGUACUUUGAGGCAAACGUUACUUCAGGACGAGCUCAGGGUUUUAAUGCCUCAUUCUGGGUGAAGCGAUGUGGAAACGGAAGUUCUGGAGAGGGUGCAGUUGUCUCAUCCGAGUGCCAGUCAGGGGCACAGUGUGUAAAUGGGCUCUGUCAAUGCCCCCAUGGUUUUGGGGGUCCACAAUGUGACCGCCCUGUCUGCCCAGGAAAUUGUGGGGCAGAGGAAGGUCGAGGCAUAUGUAACAUGACUCUUGGCCUGUGCGUGUGUACAGUAGGCUGGGCUGGAUCUGACUGUUCUUCUAUCUCAGACUCAGACAGCCUGGUUUGGGAAACAUUGCUGGACACUCAGCUCUCUGCUAAUAAGGCACACAGGUUCCUUCAGAGGAUGGGUCACUCUCUGGUGUCUGGGUUACGAGGCACUCUCUGGAUGUAUGGAGGCCUCUCACUCUCAGAGGGGAUCCUUGGAAAUGUUUACAGAUAUUCUGUGUUAGAGAGGCGAUGGACUCAAAUGCUGACCAGUUCAUUGGAGGAUAAUUCAAUGCCCCUUUCGCGCUACCAUCAUGCAUCCGCUCUGGUGUUCAAUCACGAGCCAUUUUCUGGCUCUCAGGCAGAUGCUCACGGUUUGAUGUUUGUGGUUGGUGGAGUCACAAAGAACGGUGUUGCCAAUGACACAUGGUGUCUUAACCUCAGCAGUUUAAUGUGGAAGCAGUAUAAGAGCUCAGUGCUGCCCCCUGUGGCCGGUCACACUUUAACAGUAAGGAAGGGCUCAUCUGUUCUGCUGAUUGGCGGUUACUCACCAGAGAAUGGAUUUAACCAUCAUUUACUGGAGUUCAGCCCUCAGUCUGGAAACUGGACAAUAGCCCCCCACACAGGCACACCUCCUACUGGUCUUUAUGGCCACUCUGCAGUGUAUCAUGAACAAACCGAUGCUGUUUAUGUGUUUGGUGGUUACCGUUUUCACGUUGAAGCCGUAGAACCUUCUGGAGAGCUCUACAGUCUUUAUUACCCCAACUUUACCUGGUCCUUACUGGUGCCUUCUCAGGGUAACAAGCCUCUCUCUCGGUUCUUCCAUGCGGCGGCCUUAGUAAAGGACACCAUGGUAAUUGUUGGAGGCAGGACGGGAGAGGAAGAUUACAGCAACACAGUUUCACUCUACCAGAUCAACUGUAACACAUGGAUACAGCCAGUAUCAUUGGUAGGUGAACCUGUGAACCGCUCUGUUUCCUUGGCGAUGACUGGGUGGGGCGGUCGCCUGUUCCUGUCUGGAGGCUUUAACGGGGUGACGCUGGGGCGGCUGUUGACUCUUUCCCUACCCUCUGACCCCUGCGUCCUGCUGCCCACACCUGAGGCCUGUAACAGCAGCACUGGCAGCUGCGUGUGGUGCAGGAGCACUUGUGCUUCAUCAGAUACUGCAGAGAGGUUGGGUUGCACUAUUGGUCAAUCCACCUGCUCUCCUACACCUCGUUCUCCAGACCAGUGUCGCAGACUGAAGACGUGCAGCGAGUGUCUGGCCCGCCACCCUAAAACAUUUUCCAGUCCAAUGCAGCCUGCUCUACAGUGUAAGUGGUGCACAAACUGUCCUGAGGGAGCUUGUAUUAGCAGUUCAGUGAGCUGCACAUCAGAACAUGACUGCAGGAUAAACCAGAGAGAGAUCUUCCUGUCCAGCAACUGCACUGAAACCAGCUGUGAGGCAUCUGAUUGCCCCAAAUGCACGGCUUCAGGAAAGUGCAUGUGGACACGCCAGUUCAAACGCACAGGUGAGACGAGACGCAUCCUGAGCGUGCACCCAACGUAUGACUGGACUUGUUUCAGCUACGCUUUGCUUAAUGUAUCUCCCAUGCAAGUGGAGUCCUCUCCACCGAUGCCUUGCCCUGAACCCUGCCAUGAAAUCAGAAGUUGCAACCAGUGUUUGAGCUCUCGGGGCUCUGAUGGAGGUUGGCAGCGUUGUGUAUGGAGCAUGGCACUGCAGCAGUGUAUGAGUCCCUCGUUCGUUCCGUUACGCUGUGAGGCGGGUCAGUGCGGUCGUUUGCUCUCAGAUGAAGAUUCAUGUUCUCCUCAGUGCUCCCAGCUCACCCAGUGUUCCCGGUGCAUUUCCAGACCGCAGUGCGGUUGGUGUGCUGCCCGUGGUGGGAAUGGGGCGGGGCGCUGCCUGCAGGGAGGAUUGAAUGGUGUGAGUGAAGCUAUGUGCCCACAGUGGAACAGCAGCUGGUCAUUCUUGCACUGCCCGGCAGAGGAUGAGUGUGCCAAUGGCCAUCACCACUGUAAUGUCACUCAGGACUGCCAUGAUCAACCUGAAGGCUACCACUGCACCUGCAGACAGGGCUAUAUACUAAGCAGUGUGUCGGGUCAGUGUGAGCCAGUGUGUGCACAGGGCUGUGUUAACGGCACCUGCGUGUCUCCAGGAGUGUGUCAGUGCCACUUUGGGUUUGUUGGGGAAAACUGCUCCUCUGAGUGCCGCUGUAACAAACACAGUAACUGUAAAAGCAUCUCUCAGCUGAACACCUGUUUGGAGUGCAAGAAUAACACAAAGGGUAAUUUUUGUGACAGGUGUAAGCCCUUGUUUGUGGGCCAGGCGAAGGAUGGGGGAAUGUGUCGGCCCUGCCGUGAGUUCUGCAGAGGCAACAGUGAUGUGUGCCUGUCAAAAGAGGAGCACCGGAGGGCAAUGGAUAAUCCAAAAGACUAUCCACUGGACCGUGACAGUAUUGAACAGUGGGCUACAGAGGGCCCGACUGAGGACAACGCGGUGUGUGUGACCUGUCAGAACAACAGUGUGGGGGAUAAGUGUGAGAGCUGCCUAAGUGGAUAUUUCCUCCUGCAUGGGAAGUGUGACAAAUGUCAGUGUAAUGGCCAUGCAGACACCUGUAAUGAGCAUGAUGGCACAAGCUGUCCCUGCCAGAACAACACCGAAACUUCAUCCUGUCUGACCAACCCACAGAGUGACCGCAAGGACUGUUACAGGCAACAGUGUGCAAAGUGCAAGGAUUCAUUCAAUGGCAAUCCAGUGAAUGGUCGUCAGUGUUACCGGCAGUUCAACGUGGACAGCGAAUGCUGCUUCGACCCAACAUCACAAGUCAAUUGCUUCCACGAGCCCAACAUCCGCAAUCUGCUCCGGGGUCGCACAGUGUUCUUUUCAGCCCAGCCCAAGUUUACUAACGUGGAUAUCCGUGUCACCAUUGAUGUUACAUUUGGGGAGGUUGAGGUUUAUGUGUCUAACUCUCAUGACACCUUUAUUGUGGAGGUACACCGGCAAACUGGUGUCCAUACCAUCAAGAUCGAAGAUGAGGCCACCUCAGCGACCGCUACACGGGGAGACAAAGAGGUGCCACUCAUCCCACCAUCACCCAUGAAGAUGUUUCCAAACUCCUCUGCAGCCUUAGUCGGCACACCUCAAUCGGGAAAGCCACAGGGUAGCGAACGUGAAGUGCGGGAAGAACGAACGGAAGGUCUCAUAACGUACAUCACCGUGUGGAAGCCGCAGACUGUGUUGAUCGUACGAGGCGUACGGGACCGUGUGGUCAUCACCUUCCCCCAUGAAGUGCACUCACUCAAGUCGAGCCGUUUUUACAUUGCUCUGCGUGGUGUGGGCACAGACACUCAUAACGGAGAGUCUCAAGGCCUCCUCUUUCUACGACAGGACCAGGCCCACAUUGACCUCUUCGUCUUCUUCUCCGUCUUCUUCUCCUGUUUCUUUCUCUUCUUGUCUGUCUGUGUGCUACUGUGGAAGGUCAAGCAGUUCCUAGAUUUCCGCCGCGAGCAGCGCCGCCACAUUCAAGAGAUGACCAAGAUGGCCUCUCGGCCUUUUGCCAAACUUACCGUCUACUUGGAACCUGAAGAGCCUCAGCUGGUUUACUUGCCUUCGGCCGGAGGGGGUAGCGCCGUGUCCCUGGCCCAUGUCAGGACUGGCAAGCUUAGUGGCAUGGUGAUGGGCCAAAGAGGACGACCCGGUGCUCUGCCAUAUAAGCAUGACCCAGGCACUGCCACUCACCAUCACCACCACCAUCUUGCUCUAAGUGGAAGCAACAAUGGGCAGCACCUUCCCCUACACUACUUAAAUGCUCACCACUACACUCCCAGCUCUGCAGCCAACCCGACCUCACAUCACCACCACCAUCAUCCGUCCUCACACGGCAGCUAUCAGCAUUUCUGCCGCUCUGAUCCCUUCCUUUCCCAGCUCAUGGGUUUUUCGUACUCAUCCUUCAAAGUUGGGCCGAUCACUCUGGAGCCCACAGAUGAUGGAAUGGCUGGGGUGGCCACCGUGCUCAUCCAGCUGCCAGGGGGCAUACUUGCACCCAACCGGGCCUGCUUGGGUUCAGCACUCGUCACACUGCGGCAGAACUUGCAGGAGUAUUGCGGACAUGGUGGAGUGGGCACGCAUCCUGGCGCUGGGGGUGGACGAAAAGGCUUGCUGGGGCAUCAGCAUUUAACCACCAUGGCCAUGUGAAGAGAAAAGGAAAAUAAAGCAGAUUUGAGGAUUGGACAAAACAUUUAGUCGUGGAACUGUUUUAAUAGCAAGAAAGUUUCAAUGAAGUGGAUUAUAAUGACUAAGAGAGGUUGCUGGUUUCUUUGAAAGCGCAUAAAUAUUAAGUUAAUUUUCUAAGUGGGGUUUGCAGAGGGGAUGUAUUUAUUACAGGAAAAGGUGACUGAAAUGAAAUGUGAUUGUACAUAUACUGUAAAUAUAUUAGGUGUUGUUUAUUUGUUCGUUUAUAACUAUUCAUACAAAGCUUCAUAUUGACCCAAGGCGGCAACCUUUAUGCAGUGCACUACUUGUAUCUCCAGCUUUGUUGCUGAACCUUAUGUCCAAUUAUACACUACUGAAAUCAACGAAUCAGCUGGCAAAGAUGACAACUUUGGCAUGACAUAUCAACCAGUGAAAAUGUUGAACCAAAAUGUGCUUUAUAUCUUUAUGUGACAAUCUGAGCUGCCAUCUAAACCAAGAGACGGUGCAACAUGUCCGCUUGAAUGUGCAAAACUUGACUGGCAAGGUGGCUUACGGUUGUUAAAAAAAGUCAUUGUAAUGCUUUGUUUUUGUCAUGGCUGUGAUGAUUGGUGAUGCUUUCUGUAAUUAAGCAAAUUGAAUUUUGUCAAUAGCUCUGUUUCCUAAUGAGCCACUGGCUUAUUUUUAUACAUAUUCAUUUAGACUUAAUGCAUUUCAGACUUUGUCAAUUGGCGGCUUAUUGUUAAAGGUUUUUUGUUUGCAUUGAUGACAUGCCUUUACUCACAUUGCCUUGACCAGACAUUAUUGUUACUGUGUGAUUAAAUCUACACACAUUUUUUUGUAUUAAAAGUAGGAUUAAAUCGUUUUUGAGUUUAGAUCGUUUCAUGUUUAGUGCUUUAAGUCUGUGUAUAUACAUGAAGGAAUAAGGUGAAUAGCCCAUAUUCAGUUUUUUUUUUAACCAUACACUACGUUAGUUCCAUUAACUCUUGAAUACUUUAUCUGUACUUUUUUAUUUUGUAGGACGAUGGGCUAAACCUACAGAAUGUAUAAACUGUGUGCCAGUUGUUUGGCUAACUCUUAUGGAACAAUAUUUAAUCCAUGAUGAUCAAAAAAAUGUAUCGCCCAUUUAGGGUUGCUGUAGCUUUUCAUUGUUAUUUUCUUGAUGGUUAAUGUAUGAGAUCUAUUGAACAAAAGGUGCAAUAGAAGUUUUAUGCUUCUAGUGAGAUGAAAUUAAGAGAACGGAGGAACACUGAACACUAUAACAAGCAUUUUAUCUGUAUUACGUUUUAUGGAGUUUGUUACAGUAUUGGUAUUUAAAUGGAGUUUCCAUUUUUAUUUUUUGAGGAUGGACUAUUAUUUUCUGAAUAUAGUUUGACUGAUACUUGUGUAGACCAAUGUUGGAAUUUACAGUUUCUUUAUUUGAAGAUUAAAGAGUCAUGGUUGAUCAUAAGAUUUCAAAAGUGUUUAUUCAACAUAAUAUUUAAUAUUUGUGAAACUUAAAAGGAGAAGCCAUAUAUUUAUCUUAGGGUUACACUCCAGAGAUAAUUUAAACUUGAGCAUUAGUUAACAUUUUGCUUAAAAAAGAGAGAAGUGAUUGUGAAAUAAAUUAAGCAUAAGACCAAAAUAGAUUUGGGUGUUUGAAAAAGAUGAAAUCAUCAUUGUGUUGUGUUUGAACAUUUACAAAUGCUUUUACAGUUUUGAAAACGGUUUGUUGAUUAUUAAAUGCAUAACAGAAUUUUGUUCAUAAUAAAAUAGCAUCCAUUAAUGGUUA